AGGAGUAACAAUGGGGAAAGAAGGCUGUAACUUAUACUUGAAUUACCGGCCAAACAGAAUGGAAAGGAGACUCAAGAAAUCUCAGCUGCAAGUCUUUCAGCUCCAGAGAACUCCAGAUGUUCAGGAUAACAUACCUGCUACUGUAACAAAGCCGCAAGUCAUCAAAGCGCCAGCAGGAAAAGAAUGCAACAUGUUGCGGCAAUUUCUGUGUAAGCCCCCUUGUGACAAUUCCAAAGGGAAUUUCAAGCUGUGUCCCAAAGACUGGCAGCUUCAUGGAAACAAAUGCUAUUGGAUCUCAGGGGAGAAACAAACCUGGAAUGACAGUAGAGACGACUGCAGAGCCAAAGAUUCUGAACUUGCAGUUUUGAAAGAAGAGGCAGAACUG